AUUAACGUCACGAAAAGACUGACUUUCACUGGGGUUUCGCUGCUUUCUGUUCGCGAUACUCCGAAAGCUUUCUACUUCUCGCGCGAUCUCGAAGGAUCGUUUUUAUCUACUGAAAUCUUACGGACGUUCCUAUCGGCAACAUAUCUACGGACGUAUUUUAUAACAACAGUUACGCAUGAAAGAAUACGAGAUAUGAAGCGAGAUAUAAAAAAAAGUACUCCCAAAUCGAGCACUAAUAGAUCUGGCAAAACGAAAAAGGAACUCGGCGUUGGAAGAUUUACCUUUCGAAACGGGGACAGCUACGAAGGAAAAUACGAAAUUAAUGUCGCCGAGCGGACCUUAGUUAAGCAAGAUGAGGGAAUAUACAUAACUGACAAUUUUGACAUAUACGACGGUAAAUGGAGCGAAGACAGGUUUGCCAACGAGGACUUUCACAUUCGGUACAACAAUAACGCACAAUACAAAGGCCGCGUUGCCGCAAAUGGAGCGAUGGAUGGUACGGGAACAUACAUCUUUCCGGACAAAUCCUCGUUGACAGCGGUCUGGUCACGAAAUAAACCCGUUUCGGACGUCGUUUACAAGGAACUGCUCGGACAAGAGUGGAUGGUCGAGACGAUUUCGGAGAGUGUUAGUGAAAAAACAAAAGCGCAGGAACAUAGAUCGAGAACGCUGCAUCCUUGUACAUUAUACAAAUCUAUAAUUUUAUUCUUUAGAAAUUGCUUAUACUCCUAUCACAUUUGCCUACAGCAAGUCUCAUUCACAACUGGAAAUCAUUUCUGGAAUGAGAUACGUGAAGUGUCCUCGAAAGGAAGCGCUCAAUCCUUCAUUCAACAAUAGUCAAACAAGUGCGAAGCGUAUCGCACUCAUAAAUCAACUGUUGCG